ACAAGCAACCUUCUGUUUCUCUCGGUUUUCCCUUUUCUCCGUCGGGCCCUUCCCUUUUCUUCUAUCUUCAGUUGCCCGCGUCUGUCUUCCACCGAAAUCGGCCGAGCUCGGAAGUGAAAAGCCGACAUUCUUUCUCUUCUAAUUUAACGAACUUCAAUCGAGUCUUUUCGUGUACCAUCGCCCUCUUGCAAUGCCCUGCUUCAGUUGCGGACACGGAUCCCUAGGUCGCGACGAUACCACCGGGAGUCUGGUCUGCGAGUCAUGCGGCACCGUGCAAGAAUUCCGCAACUUCGAGGACCGAGCCGUCGGCCCCGGCGGUGUCCAGCAAGGCUCCUACGUCCGCGUUGGUACUUCAGGUACAGGUGGCUCAUUGGCAUACAAAGAGAAGAAGGUAUACGAGGCUAAUAAGCUCAUCGACGAAAUUGCGCUUAGGUUGAACUUGAGUGGUAGAUCUCUGAAUGAAAUUAGGUCCAUGAUUGAUCGAAUUACGGAAGGUGAAUAUGGUUCGGGCGAUUGGUUCCAUGUACUGAUUGGUGCUUGUUCGUAUGUCGAAAUGAGGAUUCAGAACAAAGCUUUUUCGAUUGUGGAGGUGAGCGAAGCUGUUGGGUGUGAUAUUUAUGAACUGGGGAGGAUGGUGGCUCGGGUGGUUGAGCAUUUGGAACUCAGUCUUCCCGAGUUCGAUAUAGUGAAUGCUUUCGAGAGAAUUGUGACAAAUUUGGCGACUUUGGGUAGGGUUGAUAGUGAUAUGGUUGGCAGGAUCAGGAAGCUAGGUGUUUUUUUGAUACAGUGUGCGAUUAAGUGGUUUUUGACUACUGGGAGAAGGCCAUUGCCUGUGGUAGCAGCUGUUUUUGUGUUGGUAGCUGAGUUGAAUGGGAUUAAGGAUGUGAAGCUUGAGGAUGUGGCGAAAGACGUGAAUGCUUCUGUCAUCACUGCCCGGUUAAGGUAUAAGGAGCUGUUGGAGAAGCUUGUUGAGGUAGCUCAAGCUUUGCCGUGGGGGAAGAAUGUGACAGUGAAGAAUGUUGUAAAGAAUGCUCCACUUGUGAUUCGUUAUAUGGAGUUGAAGUCGACUAAUACACGUGGCAAGGACAUUGAGAAUUUUGAGACUGCUGUGUUUGAUCUGGGAGAAGUUAUUAGUGACUGCUUGAGAAAUGGAAUUACUUAUGGUGCUGAGGAUGAUGGUCCAGGGGGAACUGAUGAUCCUCAAAAUCCUACGGUAGAAGACGGAAUAUCAAUUGCCCAAAUGGGGCAAGCUGAUGUAGAUAAUCUUCAGCUGUCACACGAGUGCUUGUCGAUGGCCUAUGAGAAGUUCUUGGAAGAAGAUGUUGAGAGGUCUGCCAAGGUGAGGGGAGAUGUUCCUAGUCAGAGGGAACAGAGAGGGAUUGAGGUUUAUGCAGCAGAAUGGUGGAAUGGCAAAUCACAAUUGAGCAAGAAACUUUUGCUCGAGGAUAUAUUAGAGAAAGAUGUGGGAUUGGAAACCAUGCCUCCAUCAUUUGUGAAGGGUUCUCUGGAUAUUAAGAAAAGGAGAGCAAAGAUAAAAGCUGCAAAGCUUCGCCUUAACAAGGCUGGGUGCUCGUUUAAUGCAGCUGAUAAAUCUGAUAUCAGAAAUACUGACCUGGUGGAUGUUGCAUACAGCAAGAAAAAGAAAAGGAAAAGGAAGGAACAAACUAUUGAUUGGGAAGAUUUUAUCAUUGAGGCUCUUCUUGUUCAUCAGGUGAAAGAGGUGGAAAUUGAGAAGGGGUACUACAAAGCCUUGUUGGGUUUGCAUGUGUUUAAUUCUGGGAUUAAUGUAAAAGAUUCUGAUGUAGGAGCUAGGCUGACCGAACUCGAAUGUAGAUCUAACGUCUUGAGUCUUGGUCCAACUUAAUUGAAGAAUCUUCUGACUGAUUACUUGUAUUUUUGGAAUAUAUAUGCUUCUGAACUAGAUUAGCUCCAGGACUGUAUUUGCAUAUCAUUAGAACUUCAAAUCAGAAAAUUGUUGCUUUUCUCAUCAAGAAUAGAGAAUAGAGGAACUU